UGCCGCAGCGGCUGACAGAGCGGCUGACGGAGCCGGGCUCGUCAGGUCGCUGCUGCGAGGGGGUUGCUGUGCUGGGGCCUGGGGGGCGGCUGGAGGCCUGAGUGGGGCUCGCGGCGGGGGUCGGCAGGGGGCCGGGUGGCGGAAUGAUGGAGGAGGAGGAACUGGAGUUCGUGGAGGAGCUGGAAGCCGUGCUGCAGCUCACGCCCGAGGUGCAGCUGGCCAUCGAGCAGGUGUUUCCAAGCCAGGACCCUCUAGAUCGAGCAGAUUUCAAUGCUGUCGAGUAUAUCAAUACCCUGUUCCCAACAGAGCAAUCUCUGGCGAACAUUGACGAAGUCGUGAACAAAAUUAGGCUGAAAAUAAGGAGACUGGAUGACAAUAUUCGAACUGUUGUAAGAGGCCAGACGAACGUGGGGCAGGAUGGACGGCAAGCACUUGAAGAGGCUCAGAAAGCUAUCCAGCAGCUCUUUGGCAAAAUCAAAGACAUCAAAGACAAAGCUGAAAAAUCAGAGCAAAUGGUGAAAGAAAUCACCCGUGAUAUUAAGCAAUUAGAUCACGCCAAACGCCACCUGACCACCUCAAUCACCACGCUGAACCACCUGCACAUGCUGGCAGGAGGUGUCGACUCCCUCGAAGCCAUGACCAGGCGAAGACAAUACGGAGAAGUUGCUAAUCUCCUUCAGGGUGUGAUGAAUGUACUGGAACACUUCCACAAGUAUAUGGGGAUUCCACAGAUCCGGCAGCUUUCUGAAAGAGUGAAGGCUGCGCAGACUGAGUUAGGACAGCAAAUCCUGGCUGAUUUUGAAGAAGCGUUUCCUUCCCAGGGCACCAAGAGACCUGGAGGACCCAGCAAUGUUCUACGAGAUGCAUGUCUGGUUGCUAAUAUUCUAGACCCCAGGAUCAAACAGGAAAUCAUCAAAAAGUUCAUUAAACAGCAUCUGUCAGAGUAUCUAGUACUUUUUCAAGAAAACCAAGAUGUUGCCUGGCUGGACAAAAUCGACAGACGCUACGCCUGGAUAAAACGCCAGCUUGUGGACUAUGAGGAGAAAUACGGCCGCAUGUUUCCACGUGAGUGGUGCAUGGCUGAGAGGAUUGCGGUGGAAUUUUGCCACGUGACAAGGACAGAACUUGCCAAGAUUAUGCGUACCAGAGCGAAGGAAAUUGAAGUGAAAUUGCUUCUUUUUGCUAUUCAAAGAACAACUAACUUUGAGGGGUUUCUCGCAAAACGCUUCUCUGGCUGCACCCUGACCGAUGGGAUCCUGAAAAAGCUUGAGUCUCCACCCCCAUCUACCAAUCCCUUCCUGGAAGAUGAGCCAACACCAGAGAUGGAGGAACUGGCAACGGAGAAAGGAGAUUUAGAUCAACCAAAGAAGCCUAAAGCCCCAGACAAUCCAUUUCAUGGCAUUGUUUCCAAGUGUUUUGAGCCUCAUCUCUACGUGUAUAUCGAAUCCCAAGACAAGAACCUUGGAGAGCUGAUAGAUCGGUUUGUGGCUGAUUUCAAAGCCCAGGGGCCGCCUAAGCCCAACACUGAUGAAGGGGGUGCCGUGCUCCCCAGCUGCGCCGACCUCUUCGUGUACUACAAGAAGUGCAUGGUGCAGUGCUCUCAGCUCAGUACGGGGGAGCCCAUGAUCGCCCUGACCACCAUUUUCCAGAAGUACCUCCGAGAAUACGCCUGGAAAAUCCUCUCUGGCAACCUGCCCAAAACCACAACCAGCAGUGGAGGGCUGACCAUCAGCAGCCUCCUUAAGGAAAAGGAGGGCUCAGAAGCAGCCAAGUUCACUCUGGAGGAGCUCUGCCUCAUCUGCAGCAUCCUGAGCACAGCAGAGUACUGCCUGGCCACCACCCAGCAGCUAGAAGAAAAACUCAAAGAAAAAGUGGAUCGUCAUCUCCAGCAGUAUUCAGCUGCUGGUUCAGGAUCUGGAUGCCGCCUGUGA